AUGCCUUAUGAUUUUCUUGUUUACCAAGGUUCAACAACACCAAUAAAUCAAAACAUGGUGAAAACUGUGGGAUUCGGUUCAAUAAUAGUACUCCAUUUAACACAACGUAUUCCAAAAAAUGAAAUUGGGCAUAAACUUUUUUUCGAUAACUAUUUCCCCUCAUACCAAUUAUUUGAAAUGUUGAAACGGAACAAAAUUAAUGCUGCUGGUACAAUAAGAGUGAAUAGAUUCGCCAAUCCUCGCCUGCCGGUUGAAAAAGAAAUGAAACAAAAAGGGCGAGGAUCAUCCGCUGAAUGUAUAAGUGCAGAUGGGAAUGUUAUUGUCACUCGCUGGUUUGACAACAGAACGGUAAAUCUAGGCUCAAAUUUUGUUGGAAUAGGCAAACAAGACAAAGUCAAACGGUGGGAUAAGAAUAAAAAUGAUUUUGUAGUCAUCGUUCGCCCCGAAGUUGUGCGGAUGUACAAUGAAAGUAUGGGAGGCGUUGAUUUAUUGGAUCAAAUGAUACAAUACUAUAGAAUAAAUAUUCGUUCUGUCAAUUGGACACUAAGAGUCAUAAUGCAUUUUGUUGAUUUGGCUUUAACUGCCGCAUGGAUGGAAUAUCGCCGAGACUGCUUGGCAAAUAAUAUUCAAAAAAAUAAAAUUUUAGAUUCAAUGAAUUUCCGAAUUCAGGUUGCCCGCACUUUAGUCGGGGCUCAACAAGAUUAUAAUCCAACCAUAAAUACGACACGAGGACGAGGAAGGCCACCAAAACCACCAUGUGGUAGAGAUAAUACUACAGCAGAUUCAUCCUUAGAUGGCAGUGUGAGUUCGGAAAGUGAUUCUGAGGAAUCUCCGCCUCCAAAAAAGAAUAAGACAUUUCAAAGACAACCACCGCAAGAAGUUCGCUUGGAUCAGAAGCUUCAUAUACCAUGUUUUGUACAAGCUAAAAGCGCUGGACGUUGCAAGGCAAAUGGUUGUAAAAAGAAUUCGUUCAUUAUUUGCAAAAAUGCAAUGUAUAUCUUUGUGUAA